GUUUCUCAGUCACAGUGAAAGAGUGCAUUGAAUUCCCAGCGUGUUGUCUAUUCUGUUUUUCGAUUAGGAACGUGCAUUUUAUUUAUUGAAUUUAAUCUAUUCUGUAAGUGUUAUUGGUAAUCCAAGUCUCUGAGAAUCCUCCACUUGAUUUAACCGUUAACAAUAUGCUUUAGAAUAUUAUCAGUACUGGGAAAUAUUAUUUCUUCGUUUUGAGAGUGAGGUUAUGUCCGCAUUGUGCAGUUGUUAAUUGAUAAUAUUUUGAAAAUCGAAAUGGAGAAUAAGGAACCCAUGGAAGAAAUUGCUUUGCUUUUCGCAAAAGGAAAUGAUGACAUCAAAUCCGUGGCAUGUAAAGAAAUAUUAUCCUUGUCGGGAACAGAAUCAAUGAUUGACGGCUUGAUUAAUGUGCAUCACAUUAUUUAUCCAGAACUCGUCAAGUUGAUGGAAAGUGAUAAUGAGCUCGCUAUGAAGGCUGGCUCCAUAUUGGUCAACUUAUCAUCUCACCCCAAGGGAACCCAAGCUCUUGUUGGUUUGGAAUGCUCGUCUCAUAAGGGGUGUCGUCCAUCAGUGCUGCGAUCGUCACUGAUUGGACGCUGCGUUGAGCACAUUUGUAACGCCAAUUCCAAAUUGGCCGAUAUCUGCUCAAUGAUACUGUCCAACAUUUCGCGAGACCUGUCCUGUGUUCAACUGCUAAGCGAGGAAUUGGACGAGAGUAUCCUCAAGAGACUCAUGGAUGUUCUGUUCAAGCAAGACUUCAAUAAAGUUGGUUGUGAUCUGCAGCAUCUGGCCAAUGUGUUCGCCAACAUCGCUCAAAGCCCUGUCAUCCGUUCGUACAUCAUUCAUAGAGCUGAGGAGUUCAAGAGAAACUUUUUGAGCUCCAUGCAUUCAGUGGAACUUUUGGGGAAUGAGAAUAAAUUCAGGAAGCGUGGAUUGCUGGCAUUGUACAGAAAUCUGGCUCUCAAUAAAGAGGAUCAUAAAUUGCUGAUGGAUGGUGAUGUAAUUCGGAUGUUUACAUCAGCCUUAUUCACUCUGGUCAACUCUCUUAAGUAUGAUCACGACAGCCACUCCGAAGUUACAAGGAAAUUGAUGGACCCUGAACUUUGCAUUCUGCUGCUUGAAACCCUGUUGAUUUUUUGUGCUACAAAACGGGGCCGUAUCAUCAUGAGAGAAUGCGAUGUGUAUGUGGCUCUCAAGGAAGUGCACAGUACUUCAACAGAUAAAGCCAUCGAAAUCGCAACCGAGAAAAUCGUUGACAUUCUCAUCAGAACGGAAGAGGAAAUCGGUAUCGACGAUUACUUGGAUCUCGAAAUUCCAACUCAUCUCGUGGAGAAGUUCCAUAAAUGCGAUGCUGAAGACGCGAAGGCUAUUGAAGAGCAUAAAGUCAAUUAAACUCAGCCAUUCCAAAUGUAUUGGAGGAUGUCACUGCGACAUUUCUUCCAUUUUUUGAUUUCUUUAUUGUUGUUGCAAAUUCUUUAUCGAACGUUACAUAUUUCUCAGUUGCAUGUUUAGCGUGUAGUCUACAUUGUCUUCGUUUUCUAUCAAAAAGUUACUUAUUCUAUUGAUAACUUGGUGUAAAUUUAGUGGUUUUGCCAUUAUUGGUGUUGUGCGGCUUUAAAUGGAUUGUUGUCCAGUGCCAACUAUAUUCAUAUUUGAUAUCGAUGUUCGUUUGACAACUAUCUUUUUGUAAUGAGCUUCUACAUUGACUUGUAAUAUUUAUGAAAUAUUCACAGCACAAGUCUACAUUCUCAUGAGAUCGGAGAAUAUCAGCAUUAGGAUAUUUACUUUAGUCUUUGUAUUUUUACAAAAAAUCACGACAUACUUUUUGAUAAAGUUCAACUUAUUUAGAUUGAAUCAGAAAAGGAGAGGACAUAGCAUGAUAUUUUCGGUUGUAAAAAGUGGAUAAUUUAUAUAUUUUCCACCCUCCUAUCCCUUACACUCGACAUUUGAGUCUUUUAAAAAAAGGGGCACAGCUUUACAAGAAUAAUAAAACAAAAACAAACAUUAAGGAUUCUAUACAACAGUCUCUUUUAUGAAACUCUUUCAACAGAAGAAUGCGGUAUACAAAUACCACCAAAAACAAGUAAGACUUUUAGAAAGUCUCUUUCAUCAGAACACGGUAUACAAAAAAUACCACAUAAAACAAUGUUCUUAGCUUACCAUUGCAGUACGCUGGCAUCACGAUAACAUUUUAUCAUUUCAGACAAUAUUAUAAUAAUAAUAUAUCAUUUAACACAGUAAUAUUUUGAUAAAGAGUUUUUGACUGUUGAACAACUGUGCUAAUCGCAGAACUUUUGAUGUGCGUAUCAAAUUGUUGAGUCAUUUCUCAGUGUCGUCUAAUUAUCCUUGAAACGAAGGAAUUUUGAGCUUCUUCCACUUACUGCUUUAUCAGAGAUGAUGAUGUGCGACUGGAUGCACAGGAAAAGUCAUCCGUAAAGAAAUCAUUUGACAUGAAAUAAUCAGACAGGUUUCUGGUAUGUCCGCUCUUAUAAAAGUUUCAGGUUACUGGCAAAUCUCCCCAUGAAUUUAAUCGAAUAUCAGAAUUAUAUAUUAGAUAUAUCUCUAAAAUAUCCUCGUUUAAUAAAAUAAUACUGUGUGAUCGGUGUCUAUGAUUUGACCUUCAAAUUCAAAAUUAUCUUAGAAGUAUGAUAAGAGUUGAAAUGAUUUUUUUUUAUUGGAGCCAAAUUUAAUCUCCUAAAAAGUUACCUCUAUUGUUGACUAAUAAAAAGUAUGCUAAUAGCAUUCAGGCUACAAGGUAUAUAUUUAUGUCUCAAUCCUACAUUACCUGCACUGGUAUGCAGAUGCAUGAAGCUGUUUUGAAUUUAACAAACCUUUCUA